AUGUCGCCGUCAAACGGGUUGCAGAACGGCGGCGGCUGCGGCGGUAAUGGGUUGAGUUACAUAGAACACCAGGUUUCAAAGCUUGACACGCUUGCUGGUGUGGCAAUCAAGUAUGGAGUUGAGGUAGCUGACAUCAAAAGGAUGAAUGGGUUAGCCACAGAUCUUCAAAUGUUUGCACUGAAGACAUUGAAAAUUCCAUUACCAGGACGUCAUCCACCAUCUCCUGCUCCUGGUCCUCACGGUGAACCUGCCAAGUUGGGAGAGUCUAGUAUUGAGAAGAAACCCCUACGCAUAGGUCAAUCUGCCAAGAAGGAACCUCUUCAGUCCUUAAGACUGAAACCUCCUCAACCAAGUAUUUCUCCAGCUAUGAGCAUUUUACAGAAAUUCUAUGGCCUCAAAUCUUCAGAUUCAAAAGAUACAUUCAAUGGAACAGAAAUGGCAGUUUAUACAUCUGUGAGUUCUGACCAUUCUAGAGGGGAAUGGCUUCCCAAGGCUUUACCAAUUUCAGACCUGCCAUCAGCUACAAAUGAUUACCCCAAGUCAACAAAUACAGUGUAUGAUCUACUGACAGGGGAUGGUGAUUACGUGCCCCUUGCAGAAAUUGGGGACGGGGGCUGUGAGAAGUCCGAUGAGAAAUCUGUCCGAAGACGUCAGAAAGCUGAAGUUGAUAAUGGAGCCAGUACCCCAGAAAAGUUUUUGAAAGAAGGUAAUGGUAAUGGAUCAAAUGGUUUUUCUUCAUCUGGAAAAACAUUAGCCAUGAGGCCGAAAUCAGCAAGCAGAGCAGCACUCUUUCCUGAGUCAGAAUCAGGAUGGUUAGAUUCAAUUCCGGUGGGGUUAGGAGAAUCUAUAUUUACUGAUGGCCUCUCUGGAGUGCGCAAAUCGUCCAGUGCAUCAAGCCUCAGAGAGCAGGAAAAGAACAACUCUGCAACAGCCUGGCCACCGGCUAUAUGGAACUUGAAACCUGACUUGCAAGCAGCCAUUUCCAAGCCUAUCUUUGAUGGUUUGCCUAUCCCGAUUACUGGCCGCAGAAGCAAAGCCGCCCUUGAUUAG